AUAUGAAUCAUUGUAUUUUAGUGUAUUUGAAGCUGACUGACACGACGUAACAAUAUUUGCCGUGUGUUUCAGUGCAUCGCGAUGAAGGCUACUCUGAAUUUGAUUUUGGCUUCAACAUUUAUGGGUUUCUUUUAUGGAGCAACUUUCUGCCAGAAUAUUCCGUCUGGUUUUACAUUAAUAAACCGACCGUACACAUUCCCCGGUAACGCCAGCAGCUGUGAUCACGCAGAAUGGAGAAAGAUACCCCCCACAGACGCCACUAUCGCCACAUACAAAAACCAUAAGUGCAUGACCGAAAACGGCUUUGAGGAGGAAUUCACAUGUAAAGACCACCAUCUGCUUCUCAAAUCAGCAAAAUACACUGACCAGGGGCUCUAUGAGUUCAUCUGUAAUGGGGUUAAAACUUCAGUUCAGCUGGAUGUUUUAUAUGCUCUAAAUGUGAGUGUAGAAGAGACGGACAGCAUCAGCUUGAACUGCUAUGCGCACAAUGCCAAGGAUGUGACGUGGCUGCAUAACAAUAAAAGAGUUUUGCACUACAAGAUGGACGGAUCCGUGAAUCCUGGCAAAGGUUACGAGGGAAAAGCAUCGCUGGAGGAGAACGGCUUCAAAACCGGCGAUUUCUCUUUGACCAUCCCUAAUGUUAGCAAGGCAGAUGCUGGACUAUACCGCUGUUUUGUGGAUGAUGAAACUGCUAAAGGAAACCCACACGCCUAUCAGCUGCAUGCAAACAAGAAACGCUCCAGUCCAGGAGACCAAACACACCCCAACUGCAAUGAAGCAACUCUGGUUAUUUAUAAGACAUCCACCAUAGUUUUGGGGCUCAUCUUGGGGCUCAUCGUUGUCAGUGCGAUAUACUGUAUCACCAUGAAACUACACAAUCGUCAAUCCACACCUGUUACAGCCGCGCUACAGAAGAGUGAGGAGAACACCACUGAAAAUGAGUGUAUGCUGAUGUCUGAUAUCUGCACAACUUCACCCGCCAAUGAACGUCAGCCUGUUCAGGAGAGCGACUCCACAGAAAAUAAGCAUUCCAACACCAAGCCUAUUUUUUAAUCUGGCAUAACGAGGCUUGUGAAGAAAAUACAGACAUCUAGGAUCACAAUGCAAGCGGGAGAAGCCUCAUGUUACGUUUGUCACGAUCGCAGAUGACAACAUCCCGGAUCAACACUGUUCAUGUACCGCAGGGUACUGUAGGAUAUC